UUCAGAGGUCAAUGACUUUUACAGCAGCAGCAGCAUUCUCCUGCAUACAGACCUUCUACAGGAAUACUCAUCUGCCGUGUUCUGGAAGCAGUUCUGCACAGUCAAACAGAUGAGCAUACGACUGCAGCACAUCAAAGACCAUAUUUUGGCAGCAAAUCAAUGUGCUGAAAUGUCCUCACCUCCAUACAGCCCACUCACCACUCAUGUGCUUAACACUGGCCGAGGUAUACCAGCUGCCAGCAUGGUUAUCAGCCUCCACCUCCGGAACCACACUGCAGCAUCCUGGACCCUGCUGAGAACAGGAGCUACCAAUGAUGAUGGACGGUGCCCAGGUCUGAUCACCAGAGAGGCCUUUGUUCCUGGUGUUUAUAAGAUGCGUUUUGAGACUGGACGCUACUGGGAGGCCUUGGGGGAGACCUGCUUCUACCCUUAUGUUGAGAUUGUCUUCACCAUCACGGAUGCAGCUCAGAAGUUCCAUGUUCCACUUCUCCUGAGUCGGUUCUCCUACAGCACCUACAGAGGAAGUUAAACGGGAAUUAAUGUCUGUAUUCAUACUGGCCUGAUUAAAGGGGAGCACUGAUCUUCAGAUGAACUCUGAGAAAAUGUUACAUUCACGUAUCUAGCUACAAUAUAACAUUAUACUGUACUGUCAGUGCAUAGCAGUGCUGUCAACUCACCCCUCUAGGGAGUUAAGGGGCUAAGUUUUUACUUUUAUUACCAUAGGUUUUAAAUUGAUGUAAAAUAACAAAGUAACGAAUAAAGUACAGCUGAAGACCAAGCUUCCGAAGAUGCAGGCAGGUUUAUUAACAGAUGUUCACAAAUAAAUCCAUGGAGAAAUUCUGACCAACAGUCAAACAUACAUUCAUUUUAAUACAUUGAAUUAACCAAUAACAUAUCUUUUGGCAAGGGUGAAUUAGGGAGCCCUGCCCUCAGUAGAUUUUAUAUGUUUUUUUCAGCUCCUCCUUUUUAUUAAGUCAUCUUUUUAAAAUUUGAAUGUAAUUGUGACCAUUGCUGCGAGUUUUCCUUUAAAAAAAAUAAAAAAUUAAAAACUGACCACGGCCAGCACCAGCAUCUUAACUAACACAAUGAGCUUAUAUUUCUGAUACGUUUGUAGCCAGAAGUCUCCAGACAACCUUGUGCUAAUCAGCUCUACCUAUUAACACAGUGCAGGUGCUUACACGUGUUUGCUUCAUUACAUUCUAACAUAAGACCCAUUUUAUUUUUUGCUGUCUAAGACACCUUCAGUUCUCCAACCCAUCCUAGGUCAACAGGUUCAUGCUUUAACUCUCCAACUACCACAGUACAGAAAUGAUAUACGGAAAUGACAAUACAGAAAUGUCUACAUUCUGCAGCAUUUUCAGGGUCAACUGUGGCCAAAGCUGCUUCUUUUCUGCCUUAUUAGGCAGGAACAGUUUGCAUUUUUUUACAGCAAUACAAUUUAUAUUAUGUAUCUGUAUCUUUCCCCCCUUUUUCUUCUUUUAACUGAUUUCAGUUUCUGAGCUUCACUGGUGCACAAUCUGUCACUUUUACCCACAGUUUAUGUCUUAUGUGUCCUUAAAUAUGUGUUUAACAAAUACCUUCAGACCUA